AUAUUCCAUGUACACCUCGCUGCGGGCAGCACGGCUGCAGCAACGGAAGUGCAAUGACUUCGGUGUGUUACAACGGGGGCACCGACAGACUUAUUCACGAGGCUGAUCAAUUAAUUUCUUACAUAGAACGUGGUUCUACCAUCCUAAAGUUUUAUCCUCGAAAGCGUCCAGAGAGGCGUACGCUUACGGUGAGACGUGAAACUCAUCAGGUGAUUUGGUUCCGGAAUGGGGCACCACAGAGACAAGCAUUCGAAGGGGCUCUCGAUAUAAGAGAUAUCAAGGAAGUCAGAGUCGGCAAAUCGUCUAAAGACUUCGAACGAUGGCCUGAAGAAAUGAAGAGGCUGGAGAACUCCAAAUGUUUCACUAUUUACUACGGCACAGAGUUCAAAUUGCGUUCAGCAUCUUUUGCAGCUCAAACCGAUAAGGAAUGCGAGGCUUGGGUGAAGGGCAUAUGGUUUCUAGUCGAGGAAGCUGUCAAUGCCUCAUAUCCAUUACAGAUUGAGAGAUGGUUGAGAAAGGAAUUUUAUGCACUUGAGAAUUCUCAAGAAAAAGUGACUCUGAAAGAAGUAAAAGCAUUUUUACCAAAAAUUAAUUGCAAAAUAUCAACAAGUAAACUUAGAGAUAUCUUUCAAGAAGUAGACACCAAUAAAAGAGGUGAAAUUGGAUUUGAUGACUUUUCUAUCUUGUACCACAGGCUGAUAUUUGAUGAAAAUAAUGUCCACGAUAUCUUCGAUAAAUACUCGUUGUACUGUUCAAACGGCACCUCGAUCAGUCUUCGCGAGUUCCAAAGAUUCCUGCUUGUGGAACAUCAUGAUCGCAUGGGCGAAGACGAGAUACGGGCAUCGCAAUUCAUUAGAGAUUACCUUCGGGAUCCACAAAGAGACGUCUAUGAACCUUAUUUCACAUUGAAUGAAUUUAUCGAGAUGCUGUUCUCGAAACAAAACACCAUCUGGGACAGUAGACACGACUGUGUCACGCAGGAUAUGACUAGGCCGCUUUCCCAUUACUGGAUCUCAUCUUCUCAUAACACAUACCUGACUGGUGACCAAUUUUCAAGCGAAUCUUCUUUGGAGGCAUAUGUAAGAUGUCUGAGGUCUGGAUGUAGAUGCAUCGAACUUGAUUGCUGGGACGGUCCUGACGGAACGCCAUUUAUUUACCACGGGCACACGCUAACUACAAAAAUUAGGUUCAUGGAUGUUUUGCGCACAAUAAAAGAGCACGCGUUUGUUACUUCAGAUUACCCGCUCAUUUUGUCGAUUGAAGACAACUGCUCAUUGCCGCAACAGAGACGUAUGGCUAGUGCUUUUCAAGAUGUAUUUGGGGAAAUGCUUGUGGUCCAGCCUUAUGAAAAAAAUGAAACGGCACUUCCCUCUCCACACGAGUUGAGGAGAAAAAUUAUAUUGAAACACAAGAAAUUGCCUGAAGGUGCAGAAGAAAAUUCUUUUGCGGUACGCCAAGAAGAAGGAAAAGAUUUGGAUUUAAGAAAUUCGAUAAAAAAUGGGAUACUUCUUCUAGAGGAUCCGGUCGACAAGGAGUGGCACCCUCAUGCUUUUGUUUUAACUGAAAAUAAGCUUUACUACACUGAAAACUACAGUACGCAACGAGAGACUGAUGGCGAUAGUGAUGGGGAACCGGAAGUGGACAAUAACGUUAACGUCCCUCAGGACGAGUUGCAUUUCGGUGAAUGCUGGUUUCAUGGAAAGUUGGCUGGGAAUAGGCAAGAAGCUGAAGAUCUGCUCCGAGCGCAUGCACACUUGGGCGACGGCACAUUUUUAGUGCGAGAAAGCGUCACGUUUGUAGGUGACUACUGCUUGUCGUUCUGGCGUCAGGGUAAAGUGAAUCAUUGCCGGAUAAAGUUGAAGCAGGACCGCGGCGUAACCAAGUACUAUUUGAUAAACACUGUAUGCUUCGACAGCUUGUACAGUUUGAUUACACACUACAGGCAGCAUCCAUUGAGAAGUCAGGAGUUUUUAAUAACCUUGAAAGAGCCGGUACCGCAGCCGAACAAACACGAAGGAAAAGAGUGGUUCCUGCCUCACUGCACUCGCGCGCAGGCCGAGGAACUGUUGCGCAAAGCAAAUUGCGACGGAGCCUUUCUUGUGCGUCCUAGCGAAAAAGAGCAAGGCUAUUUUGCAAUUAGCUUCAGAACUCAGCGUGAGAUAAAACAUUGCCGAAUAAAGCUGGAAGGCAGAUUGUACACCAUUGGCACAGUCAAGUUUGAGAGCUUGGUCGAACUCGUCUCUUACUACGAAAAGAACCCACUGUACAAGAAGGUGAAGCUGGAGUUUCCGAUCAGCGAGGACAUUGUUCGAAAGAUUAUUACUGAACCCGACGACAACUCCGUGUAUGGCACCCCAGGUUAUAUGGAUCCGACUUCUUUCCGAUCUUCGGUUACAGUAAAGGCAUUGUACGACUACAGAGCGCGCCAAGACGACGAGCUUUCAUUCUGUAAGCACGCGAUCAUCACCAACGUCGACAAACCAGACGCAGGGUGGUGGAGAGGAGACUACGGCGGCAAACGACAGCAUUGGUUCCCAGCAAACUACGUGCAAGAGAUCGAACAUAACCUUCCCGAUCUGUCGAAUUGUCUCGAGAACGAGUCCGCGGCGUUAGGAUCGCUGCAGAAAGGCGUGGUUGACGUUUUAGGCGCCGUUGUCGAGCUUGUCGUUGGUGAAGAGAGCGGGUCUGCGAGGUGGCUGGUUCGCAUCCAGGGGCCUUCGAUGUGCGCCCCGUUUGACAUGGCAGCGCCGACUAGGGAAAUAGCGAUCGAGUGGCUAUCUGCCAUCAAGGAGGCGGCUCACAGCGCUAGCGCUCGCUCCCUUCAACACCGCAAAAUGGAGCGCAACUUCCGCAUAGCCAAAGAAAUGUCCGACCUCAUCGUAUAUUGCCGCUCUGUCGCAUUCAACCAAGAUCGAUUGCGCAAUAAAGGCUUCAUCUUCAACGAGAUGUCGUCCUUUCCGGAAACAAAAGCAGAACGGUUGAUAUGUCAGCAAGAGAAUGCGUUCUUUCUCAAGUACCAUACUGUCCAACUAAGUCGGAUUUACCCCAAGGGGCAGAGAAUAGAUUCUUCCAACUACAACCCCGUCCCUUUCUGGAAUUCUGGUUCCCAAAUGGUUGCUUUGAACUACCAGACCGCAGACAAGCCCAUGCAGAUAAAUAUGGGCAAGUUCAAGGAAAACGGAGGGUGUGGGUUCAUUCUAAAACCUGACUUUUUGUUUGAUGAGGGAUACAAUCCUUACGACAAGAAGACCAUAGAGAAGAAAGUGAACCCUGUGACCGUCAUGUUGAGAGUUGUCGGUGCUCGGCACCUGUGUAAAUCUGGCAGGGGAACAGCUAGCCCGUUUGUGGAGGUAGAAAUCAUCGGGGCGGAUUACGAUAGCGGUGUCAAGUUGGUCACCAAGACUGUUGCUGACAACGGCAUCAACCCGAUUUGGAACGACAUAUGCGAGUUCGAGGUGGCGAAUCCGGAUUUGGCUCUCAUCCGUUUCUUGGUGCAGGACGAAGAUAUGUUUGGUGACCCGAAUUUCAUCGGUCAAGCUACGUACCCCUUCAAAUGUUUACGUACUGGGUACCGUAGCGUCAUACUUAAUAAUGGGUUUUCGGAAGAAUUGGAACUAUCGUCUCUGCUGGUGCAUUUAUCGCUUAUACCAAGCCAUUAGAGGAUUUUUAGUAAAUUCGGUAGCAGUCAGUAGAGUGGAACGUAAAACGCGACGUACCUAAAACUUGGGUUCUGCUUGAAUAGAUAUGGUAGUAACACAAUCUAUAAAUUGUUUGUAUUACUUUUAAUAAGCUCUUCCAAACAUGCAAUUAAUCUGUUAGCAGCCUAAGUUACCUAUCGGGGCUCCUCGUGCUGGAGGCCUCUAAAUUACUGCUAGUCUUUCUACUUUAUUGUUACGCUACUACCUAUCUGUCCAAAAUAUAGACAAAUAUUCGAAUAUUAAUUCGGCAGCUGUAUGCCAUAGUUUGUUGGGCUUUUGGUUAAACCUAUGUUUGCCGCCAGCAAAAUUCCACCUGAUAAAAGUCAAUUUCUUUCUUGAUCACGGAAGUUGUUUGAAUGGACCCUAGUAUUUUAGUAUUAAACAUCACGUCACGCUUUGCGUUCCACGUUUGCUGAUACCACUUGCAUCUAUUAUAAUAUUCAUAAUUCAUUACAUAGUGUUUUUAGAAUAUUACAAUAUAAACAGCAACACGUGCAUAACAUUCAUGCGUCUCAAGAUUAUUAGAAAUGUUAUAAACAUAAGAAAAUGGAAACAGAAAAACAAAGCGAAAA